AUGACCACAAUCAAGCGAACAAGAGGCCCUCGACAAGAUGCGCCCCUUCCUAGUGUCCUGAACCGACCUGCCGCCCUGCUUCUUUCAGACGUUACAUGCCCGACAGUGUGGUUGCAAUAUAGGUUGGCCACAGGCAAGUCGAAGCGCCAGAAGCUUCCCAGACCGGCUCCGGUGGGACGGAAUCGAGUCCCUUGCUUGGUUACUAUUCGUCCAUAA